GAAGAGAGAGAAAAGAGAGGGAGAGGGAGAGAGAAUAGAGAGAGGGAAAGGGUUUUCGCUGCGUAACAAAAAGCAGAACGAGAGUCGAGAGAGAUAGAGAAAGAGAGUCGUAUACAGUGCUUUGACAAACAUAUCUUCUUAUUGACACGGCGGAACCCUAGCGGGAGACGGACUAAGAGCAGCCCUUUUGAAACGUUUCUCAGAUCUGAACCUCCGGCCGGCGAGGGAGAGAGGUAUCCAAAACAUAGUCAAACAGUAUGGGUGCUAAAGGAGGAGGCAAAAGCACCAAUGGAACGUCUGGAAUUCCGGCAGAGUGGCGGAAGAUGGUCCAGAGCUUAAAAGAGAUUGUAGGUAACUGUACCGACCAGGAGAUCUACGCUACCCUAAGGGAAUGUAAUAUGGAUCCUGAUGAAGCUGUUAAUCGUCUUCUCACGCAAGACCCUUUUCAUGAGGUGAAGAGCAAACGAGAAAAGAAAAAAGAGAAUAAGGAUCCAAUUGAUUCCAGAUCUCGUGGUCCUAGCAUCCCUCCCAACCGUAUGAAUAAGGGCAGUACAGAUCGUUAUGCCGGUCGUGAAACUGGUGUGUUGCACAGUAAACCUGUGUACAAGAAAGAAAAUGGAGAUCAUGCUGGUUCGUCUUCUGCAUCUGGACAAUCUGGAAGCCACUCAUACUACCAAUUUCCAUCUCACAGCAACAAUGCGGCUACAGAAAAUAAGUUAGCAGGAUUAGGUGUAGGAGAUGGAGCAAUCUCAUCCUCACAGUCCACUUUUGGCUAUCAAUCUACCUGGGGUGGUCAAGGCCAAGUAUCGAUGGCUGACAUUGUCAAGAUGGGAAAACCUCAGGGAAAGAGUUCCUCGGUGCAAAACACUUCCCUUCAAGGUGCUAGUUCUCUUAACAGUAUACCAUUUCAGUCCACGCCAUCACACCAGAAUUUUCAUUCAGCCCAGCAUCAGGCUUCCACAGUUUCAGAAGUUCACUCUGGACCAGGUAUUGUGAGUCAGCAGGCAUCACUCAAUGAUGAAUGGCCCUCAAUCGAGUCUCCUCAACCUGUUAGUAUCUCUAGUACGAUAGAGUCGCCUGCAGUCUUGGAGUUGCAUUCAAAUCCAGCCAACUUAUCAUUGGAUGCUGCUAGUCAGCAUAUACAUCAAGACAAGGUUCAGGUGGUUGAAAGUGGUUCCGUUGACACAGUUGAUGCAAACCAUGCUGCUCAUGCUUCUUCUAUAUUGGGUAGAAAUAUUCAAGAAGAUAACUCUGGGGGUACCUCUGUGUCAGAUAAUAACUUAUAUGAGGAUNUUUUUUUUCCAGCUGAAGACGGCGGUUCAUCAUUGUCUGCAAAUUUUCAGCAAUUGAGCAUACAGAAGGAGGACCAGGGCUCACCACCUGAAGAGGAUAAUCCUUCUGUAGUAAUUCCACAUCACCUCCAGCUUCACACCCCAGAUUGCUUUCAUUUGAGCUUUGGAAGUUUUGGAUCUGGGACUAAUGCUACCUUUUCUGGUUCUGCGGGUUUUUCAAAUGAACCUCAGAAUAGUAAUGUAGAGGAGAUUUCUGUGCCAGCAGACGUCUCUUCAGUUGGUCACUCCGAGGCUAGAAAUUCUGAGUAUUACGAGGAUGGUGGUACUAACUCAGAUGGGAACCUAAUUCAUAGAACUAGUGCUAGCGGUGGAUAUUACGAAACUCCUGCUACUCAAGCAGAGGUUAAGCAGGAAAGCUCUGAAAAUACUCAGGCUAGUCUAUAUGCAUUUCCAUCCUCUUCUCCAGCAUUUAGUUAUGAGAACAACCAACCAUCAGAAAUUCCAUUUAUACAGAAUAGUUCAGAAAUGCAGAACCUUGAGAGAGCGAUGCUAGCAUACACAAAUAAUUUAUCCAACAAUAUGUUGUUGGCUUCCACAUCUCAGACAGUGAGGGAGGAUCCUCCAUAUUCACCUUUUCCAGACACACAAUCAGUGCCAAAGUACAGCAAUGUUGCUUCUUCGAUAACUGGCCCCUCCAUGGCCAUGCCAGAGGUUCUAAGAACAAGUAGCAUUUCUACUUCUCAGCCUACUCCACAGUCUAAUGUUGCAGCAGGACCGGCCCUUCCACAACACCUUGCUGUUCAUCCUUAUUCUCAGCCCACACUUCCUGUGGGUCAUUAUACUAAUAUGAUUAGCUACCCUUUCUUGCCACAGAGCUACACAUAUAUGCCUUCUGGUUUCCAACAAGCAUUUGCAGGUAACAGUACAUACCAUCAAGCUUUGGCAGCAGUACUUCCACAGUACAAAAAUAGCAUUUCUGUUAGCAGUUUGCCUCAGUCUGCUGCAAUUGCUUCUGGUUACGGUUUUGGAAGUUCAAUUAGCAUUCCUGGAGGAAAUUUCCCGCUGAAUCCUCCCACAGCACCAGCAGGUUCAUCCAUUGGCUAUGAAGAUGCUAUAAGUUCACAGUACAAAGAGAGCAAUCAUUUACUCUCCCUCCAGCAGCAGAAUGAAAACCCGGCGAUGUGGAUUCAUGGGCCUGGUUCCCGAACAAUGUCUGCUGUUCCCGCUAGUGCAUAUUACAACCUCCAAGGGCAGAAUCAACAAUCUAGUGGAUUCCGGCAAGGUCAACAGCCUUCACAACAAUUUGGGGCACUGGGAUACCCGAACUUCUACCAUUCCCAGGCGGGUAUGUCACUAGAUGGCCAACAGCAAACACUCAGGGAUGCAUCUCUGGGAGGCUCUCAAGGUCAACAGCCCAAGCAGUCGCAACAGAUAUGGCAAAACAGCUACUAAUAGGCUGAGCGUGUCGUAGUAGUGGUCAAUCAGAGGUGCUCUUAUGAUCUGGCAUUAAUUAAUUAAUGGAAUGUUAUUAAUUUGUCUGAAGAGAUCGACUGGCCACUCCCCUGUGCCACGAGGUUGUAUUUUACACAAUAUCAUUGUCUGCUUAUGUUUUAACGAGGUCUGCUAAUUUGGAUUAGUGAACCACUCUUUUGAGCUCCUUUCUCUCCUAGUUAUAUGGUAUGAAGAAGCAUUGUUUUUCCGCAGUUUUAACCUAGUUUCACAUUAAUUUAAAGCUUUUACAGGGGAUUUACUGUUUAGUAUUGACAAGGCUCAUUUGGCUUAUAUAGUGAUACCAUUAUGUUUAUGCUUCA